UAAGAAACGGAUCGGUCCAGAAUCCACUUGUUUCAGUUUUCACAUUGGUAGUGCACGUGGGAACUCCUCGUGAUAAUAGAAAUAGAAAGUAAAGUAGGCAAUGUCGUGGCUUUUCGGAUAUCGUAAUGCACAACCGCAAGACUUCUCACAGUUUGUACAACCACCGGCAUCCAUUGGAAGUGGAGGUGGAGAUGAUCGUACACCACCACCGAGAAUUUCUCAAAUGGAACCCUAUCGAUUUGAUUCGAGUGCUUUGGAAAGAGCAGCGGCAGCUGCCAAAGAACUUGAAAAAUCUAUGCAUGCUAAAGAAGCAUUGGAAUUAUCUAAAAUGCAAGAAACUACUAAACAGAUGGAAAGACAAGCAGAAGUAAAAAAGUAUGAAGCAAGUAUAGAGCAAAUGAAAGCAGAACAAAAACGCAUUGAUGGGGAAGAAAGGAGAAAAGUUUUACAAGAAGAAACAAAACAACAUCAAAUGCGAGCGCAGUAUCAAGAUCAAUUGGCAAGAAAACGGUAUGAUGAUCAAUUAAUACAACAACAGAGAAUGAAUGAUGAAAAUUUAAGAAGACAGGAAGAAUCAGUGGCAAAACAAGAAGCAAUGAGAAAAGCUACUAUAGAACAUGAAAUGGAUUUAAGACACAAAAAUGAAAUGAAAAAAUUGGAAGCAGAAAUUAAAGCAAAAGCAAAAAUAGAUAGAGAAAAUCAAGAUUUGAAUUUAGAGAAAAUUAGAGUGAAAGCAUCUGAAAAACGAGUAACAGUUUUAGAAUCUAUAAAAACCGCUGGUUCGGUAUUAGGCACUGGUAUGACUGCUUUUCUUCAAGAUUGGGAUAAAAUUCUUGCUGCGGCUGGAGGUUUAUCUCUAUUGGCUUUUGGUGUAUAUACUGCGAAAGGCACAACUGGUGUAGCUGCACGAUAUAUAGAAUCGCGAUUAGGAAAACCAUCCCUCGUUCGAGAAACUUCUAGAUUUACGGUAUUAGAUACGUUACGGCAUCCUAUUCAAGCAGUCAAGAAACUAAAAGAUAAGCAGACCGAUGCUCUAUCUGGUGUUGUUUUAGCACCAAAACUUGAAGAAAGAUUACGCGACAUUGCAAUAGCUACAAAAAAUACAAAACUAAAUCGCGGAAUGUAUAGAAAUAUAUUGAUGCAUGGACCUCCUGGAACAGGUAAAACAAUGUUCGCUAAAAAAUUAGCAGAACAUUCGGGUAUGGAUUAUGCAAUUGUAACUGGUGGUGAUUUGGCACCAUUGGGUCGAGACGGUGUCACUGCUAUUCACAAAGUUUUUGAUUGGGCGGCAACAUCUAGGAAAGGGCUUCUGCUUUUUAUUGAUGAGGCAGAUGCUUUCUUAAGGAAGCGAUCGAGCGAACAUAUCUCAGAAGAUUUAAGAGCGAUGUUAAAUGCAUUUCUCUAUAGAACUGGUGAGCAGAGCAACAAAUUCAUGUUGAUUCUCGCAUCGAAUACUCCGGAACAAUUUGAUUGGGCAGUAAAUGAUAGAUUAGACGAGAUGGUAGAGUUUCGUUUACCAGGUCGAGAAGAACGUGAACGUUUAGUUCGACUUUACUUCGAUAAAUUUGUUCUUCAACCAGCAAUUGAAGGGAAUAAGAGAUUAAAAAUUGCGCAAUUUGAUUACAGCGCUCUUUGUAGUAAAAUAGCAGAAAUAACAGAUGGAAUGUCAGGCAGAGAAUUAGCAAAAUUAGGUGUUACUUGGCAAGCAACAGCUUAUGCUUCCGGAGAUGGAAUAUUAACAGAACAAAUGGUUAUAGAUAAAUGCAAAGAAGCUGUUAAACAGCAUAAACAAAAGGUUCAAUGGCAGAGUGAACAAGAAAAACAAGAAGCGAAAUCGAUUUACGUUCCCGAAAUAGAAAUUCCGCCUAUAAAGACUAAACCUGUAGUUGAAACACCAUCGGAAACAACUUCUGUGGCAACAGCUUAAUUAAUUAAUUAAUGCACAAAAAAUCGCAAAACAUAUUUUAUUAAAAAAAUGAAUUAGUUAGAAUAAAUGACAAUGUGAAAGGUGUAAAUGAUAUUGUUACAAGAAGAUGGAUUUAAUGAUGAGUUUUCAUUUUCUAUAUAAAAUAUAAAUGUAUAAAUAUUUUAAGAUAGUAUAUUUGUUGUAAAUUCUUAGCUUGAUUAAAUAUUACGUAUACCUUUAUAUGUAUAUGUACAUAUACGUAUGUAUGUGUUUAUGCGCGCGCGUGUAUAUUAUAUAUUGACAAUGUAUGUUUAAAUACUUCGA